AUGCCUCCCAAAAGCGGCUUCUCGCGCACGCGCAACAUCGACUACGAUGACGACGACAUCUACGACGACGACGACGACUACUACGAGGAAGAAGCUGGCGAAGCCGACGCAGGAGAUGGCAUGACCGAAGACGACAAGGAGCAGAUGCGUGCAGGCACGAUAAGAGUACGGGAGGCGCUGGGAGAUAAGAGCGACUUCACGAGCGACGAGCAAAUACAGGAAGCGUUGUGGCAUUACUACUAUGACAUUGGGAAGAGCGUCAUCUAUCUGAAGAAUAAGUUAGGCGUCUCGGAGCCGAAGCCAGAGGUGCCCAAGCAGGAGAAAGCAAAGACAGUGUCGAGGUUCGACCAAGCUGCUAGUGUGGCGGAGGAGAAGGCGCCGGUUACUACAGACGCAUCUGCUGCCCCGCUCUGCUGCCCACCCUAUACCGUCGCUCCCAUCUCGAUGCCUACCAACGCUGCUGUCACAGACUUCUUCUGGGAUGUGCCCUGGGGCAACGUACCACCCGAACGAUUGGGCGUCAUCACCGUUGAUCCUCCACACUACAAAGGCGGACUACUUGGGGGCUCCUCGAAACUGGCUGCUCUUGCGGCGAAGCGGAGAAAAGAUCGAGAAGAUGCGGAAGCUGCUGCCUCGAAAGCCAACCACGACGCGGAUUCGGCCAUUGCCAUGCUUGACAAGCUUUCGGUGAAGAACCAGGAGGGGGGCAACGCUUCUGUCGGCGGUGGUACUGGUCCAGCUCGUCCUUCUAGAUAUCCUAUCCGCAGACGAUCGCCAUCGCCAGCACCAGAAACACCAAAAGAACCCGAGAUAGAAGAGCCCCAAGCACCCCAGCCUGCCGUAGUCGUCGAAUCGCCAGCCCAACGUGCCACCGCGUCAAUGUUCGCUUCUACCCUUUGCGGCUCUGACGAAUCAUCGAAGCACCCCCAAGCACCUCUGCAAGAGGUUCCACUACCCUUUGCUGCGUACAAAUCGUAUGAUGGCUCGGGAGCAUUUGCUGGACCGAGUCCGGAUGACAUUGUGCGGGCAGCACAGGCAAAGGGCGCAGGCGGCGGACGCACAACACCGAAGAAGAAGAAAAAGCAAACGAACGGUGACCUGACCGAAUCGGUCGAGAAGCUUACCGUGGCCGACGAACCGAGAGUGAAGAGCAAGAACUUGAACGUUGUGGAUGAGUUUGAGAAGAGCGCCUCGAAGCGGUUGGCGAACUUUGUAGUACUUGGUCACGUCGAUCACGGCAAGAGUACGCUCAUGGGGCGCUUGCUCUACGACCUUAAGGUAAUCGACCAGCGAUCAAUAGACAAGUUACGGAAAGAAGCAGAAACUAUCGGCAAAUCAUCAUUCGCGCUAGCUUGGGUCAUGGACGAAACAAGCGAGGAGCGGAGUCGUGGUGUCACCGUUGACAUUGCUACCAACUACUUCGAGACCGACAAGACGAAAUUCACCAUUCUGGACGCGCCUGGACACAAGGACUUUAUCCCCAACAUGAUCUCAGGUGCAUCGCAAGCCGACUUUCCCGUCCUAGUCAUCGACGCAAGUACGAAUAGCUUCGAGUCUGGUCUUAAGGGGCAAACCAAAGAACACAUCUUGAUCGCACGAAGCAUGGGCAUGCAACAUAUCAUCGUAGCCGUAAACAAGAUGGACACUGUCGGAUGGUCGAAAUCACGCUUCGACGACAUCUCAAAACGCAUGACAGCCUUCCUUACAGAAGCCAGCUUUCUCGAAAAGCGAAUAACCUUCAUCCCGCUCGCAGGCUUGACGGGAGAGAACGUCGUCAAGAAGAUCGAGAACUCCGCCGCCCACUGGUAUACCGGCGAGACCUUGCUAGAAGCCCUCGAACGCAUCGACCUCCCGUUGCGAAACUUUACAAAGCCCCUCCGCCUCUCCGUCGCCGAUGUCUUCCGCGGCGACAUACGCUCCCCACUCAGUAUAUCUGGGCGCAUCGACGCCGGCACCCUACAAGUAGGCGACGUCAUCCUCGCCCUCCCCGCCAACGAAACCGCCACUAUCAAGUCAAUCGAAGUACAAGACGCCCCCGUAGACUGGGCCGUAUGCGGUCAAAUCCCCACACUGCACCUCACGGACAUCGACCCCGUUCACCUCCGCCAAGGGGACAUUGUCUGCGCGCGAAGUGACCCAGUCAAACUCGUCAAAGCAUUCACAUCCAAGCUCCUCGCUUUCGAACACGUUCUACCCAUGCCCGUGGAAGUUUUCCGAAGCACCCUAAACUCGCCUGCGGGUAUCAGGACGUUGAGUGCCAAGCUGAAUAAGUUUACGGGUGAGGUCGUCAAGAAGAAGCCCAGAAUUGUUAAGCCGGGUGAGGUGGCGAGGGUGGUGGUGCAAUUGGAGAGGGAGUUGCCAGUUGAGGAGGGGAUGAGGGUUGUGCUUAGGGAGAGGGGAAGGACGGUGGGUGCGGGGUUGAUGGAGAAUGUUGCGUAG